CAGAGGUUCAGUACAACAUUGGUAACCCGCGCGUGAGGACCUCCUCGACUGCUGUCUGCCUACCCCUUGUGCUUGUGUUUAAUAACUGCAGUGGUUGGUGUUGUAGCAUGGAGGCCAAGAGACAUCUGCCGAGGCCUGUGAACCUAGAGGAGGCUGACGAUGGUGUGGUUGAGUUCUCUCCCUUGAAGCAGGAUGAUGACGAGGGCACGGUGACCAUCGAGGUGCCUGUCGCCGAGGAACGCGCGGCAUGGGGCUCCAAGAUGCAGUUUAUGCUCUCGUGUAUUUCCCUCUCUGUGGGGCUGGGCAACGUGUGGCGUUUCCCCUACCUGGUCCAGCAGGAUGGUGGAGGUGCCUUCUUGAUCCCAUAUCUAAUCAUGAUGGUAUUAGAGGGAGCUCCACUUUUCCUGCUGGAGCUGGGUAUCGGCCAAAGAUUACGGCAAGGUUCUUUAGGAGUAUGGAAUCUCAUCUCUCCCUGGUGGGGGGGCCUGGGUGUUGCCUCCACCAUCGUAUCCUACCUUGUAGGACUCUAUUAUAAUGUCAUCAUCGCAUGGUGCUUCUAUUAUCUAUUUAAUUCAUUUAAGUCGCCUCUGCCGUUUUCGACGUGUCCAAAUGAAACGGUAGAAUUCAUCAACCAAACAUUUCCUGUAGCAGAGUGUGAAUUGUCCAGUGAGACGGCAUAUUUCUGGUACAGACAAACAAUUGACGCAAGCCCAUCAAUUAGUGAGACCGGUGGUGUUAAGUGGUGGAUGGCGCUCUGCCUGACCAUAUCCUGGGUGCUGGUGUGGCUCUGCAUCAUGAAGGGCAUCCAGUCGUCUGGCAAGGUGGUCUACUUCACCGCCAUCUUCCCCUACUGUAUCCUCGUCAUCUUCUUCGGUCGAGCUGUCACGCUGAAGGGAGCCUCGGAGGGACUUAAGCACAUGUUCACACCAGAUAUGACCAAACUUCUGGACCCAACUGUUUGGAUGGACGCAGCUUGUCAAGUCUUCUAUUCACUUGGACUGGCGUUUGGUUCGCUUAUAGCUUUUGCAUCUUAUAAUCCCAUGAAGAACAACUGCAAGCGUGAUGCCAUCUUCAUGUGUUUUAUCACAGUUUUCACCGCCACGUUUGCUACAAUAGACAUCUUUGCUGUACUUGGCUUCAAAGCUGUGGCCAACUAUGAGAAAUGUGUUGAUCAUAACAUCAAGAAGCUUCAUAGCAUCAUGGAUCUUUUACCAACACACCCCCAGGAAGUCAACAUUACUCUGGAGAACUACGAAGAGCUUUGGCCACAGGUCUACUUGCCCGCUAUACAGGAAUUUUAUGAAAACAAGACUCACGAACACAUCAAGCACUGUAGUGUUUCUGAUGAACUCAAUCAGGCAGCUGAGGGCACAGGUCUGGCUUUCAUUGUAUUUACACAGGCCAUCGUAGAGUUACCAGGAAGUAACUUCUGGUCAGUUUGUUUCUUCAUGAUGUUACUUGCACUUGGUCUUGGGUCACAGUUCGGCACGAUGGAAGGAGUUAUUACAAAUAUGUUCGACAUGAAGGUGUUUGCCAGAGUUCGGAAGGAAAUUUUGACAGGAUGUGUUUGCUUAUCCAGUUUACUCUUCGGUUUGAUUUUCUGCACGGGUGCUGGCGAAUACUGGCUCGGCAUGUUUGAUACUUUUGCUGGCUCCAUGGGCUUGAUUAUGAUCGCAUUCUUUGAGACAAUAGUCAUUUCUUACGUGUACGGUCACAAGAAGUUUACCGACGAUAUUGAGAGGAUGAUCGGCGAACGACCCGGGCUAUACUGGCAAGCAACGUGGCGAUUCAUCUCCCCCCUUACAAUCUUCGGACUGGUAGUAACAUGUCUCUACUACAGAAUCGCUCAUCCCCCAGAUUAUCCCGCCUGGAAAAUGGAAUUGGGUAAUGCUGUCAGGGAACCAUAUCCAGGAUGGGCUAUGUUUGUAUGCCUCAUACUUCUUAUGGGUGGCUUCCUUCCCAUCCCCAUUGUUUACUUAAUGCGACGUUGCCAGUGCAUCCGCUUUGAUACUGACAUCCACCAGGCCUCAAUCAAGAGAGUGGAAACAACUAUUUCUACACAAGGCAUGAUCAAGGGUGAAGAGUCAAUGCCUCGAAUCGACACCUCUGAUAGCGAGUGGACACGACUCUUCAUUGAUAGGGUAGAUUCAUCCCAGAGCCUUGAUGACAACCUCUAAUCAAAGAGGUUGAGCUUGAAGAGUACCAUGACUCUCCUGCGGGUGAGGAUGAUGAUGAUGAUGGAGGUCUUACUGUUCCAGGUGGUAGAUUCCGCAUGGAAGUGAUCGACUAAUGUUCAGAUAUGAUAGAUGUGAGGAGGAAGCCUAGUUACAGCAAAUAUUGGGCUUGCCGAGAAAAGAAGUGCAAGGCAGCCAGUGACAAAAAUUUCAGCAUUAACUGUUUAUAAUGCUUUAUAUAUAUCUGCUACAUAGGGGAAAAUAUCAGUAUAUGAAGCAUAGCAAAGCUUAGUGCCAAAUUAAGCUGAUUAAGCAUUGUAUGUACAGUGUUAGGGGUCUAGAUGAAAAUCAAUUUCUUUACCAGUGCAUGUGUAAGAUACAGACUUCAGUAUUCCGUGGACUGUGGACAUUUAAUACUGUUAGACAUCACCGAUUUCUGAAAUACAGUGCGGAGUAAUUUACUGAAGAAAAAAGAUAUUCUAUUUUAAAGUUUAUGUGCAUGACAUCAUCUUUUUUCAUAAGCUAACUAUAAAUACUGUAUUACCAUCGUCCAACUUGCAUCGACUCAUCAGUAGACUCUUAAUAUAAAGUAGUAAUUCACUAUAGAAAGUCACACAAUUUAUCUCAUAGUUCUGGUAGAGAUUUUUUAUUAGAUUUAGUCCAAGUGCUCCUCGGCGAAGUAAUAUUUGUGGAUUUUAUUCACUAGAUUCUCAUGAGAAAUGAAAGAAUGCCUCUUUUACAGUUUUUAUUGGUCAAUAUUCCUUAAACUAUGGUCUAUUAUUUACACUUCUACUGAAAAACUGGCAUUAUGGAUAAGUUUCUACAGUACUAUAGGAGUGUCUCAAGUAUUAUUGAUAAGCACCCUAAUGCAUUAAUUCCAUUACAGUUUUAAUUUAUUUAGAAUAACAAAGAUAUUCUAGUGGUUGUAAAUUUUUAUUACCAUUAUUAGUCAGGUCUUAUUUAACCCAUUACUGAACCCCCAUGCCUCAAACUCUGAACUCCAUAUGUAGAAAAUAAUGGAGCCAUAUUUCAGUGGUGAAAGCUGAAUAUUUUGGGGACUCUAAUAUUUAAUUUUUGAAAACCAUUCAUAGGUAUAAAAUUAUAAUGGAAGAUAACCCUUUCACGAGUACUGUACUGUCUGCCGCAGUGCCCUUCAUGGGUACAGUACUGUACUGUCAGCAGCAUCUAUCACUGACUUUUCAAAAUUCACUCCACCCCAUAGCUGCAACUGGCAGAGUCAUUUCACGCCUACAUUGUUACCACUUGAGACUGGUAUCAUCGUCAGAGAAUUACAUGCUCAUAUUCAUCUCCAUAUUUAGUAUCUGGUAGGAUAGGACAACUAAGGUACAAGAUUCUGUUUCUCAGCCCAGGUGCUGCCCACCCACACUCACAGCCAGUGAGUCUAUGAAUCAAGCUGAUCACUGUUUGUUUACAUACCAUUUCUCAUCAUUUGUACCUCCAACAAGGAUAAAAGAAAUCCCACAGAGGCUGUGUUUUGUCUGAAGCAACACCAAAACAAGGCUGCAACAAUGCAGACACACCCAGCUGGGAGGUGAGCCUGGGAGUGAGAUUAUGAACCUUGGAGAAAGUAGAUACUGAGACAGCAACACCUGGUUUGUGUUGUUUGUUUCCCAAGAUGGUUAUUUAGGUUAAUAAAUCAAGUUAAAACCUUUGGAUUUUUUAAUUUCCUUAAAAAAUACUAAUCUAGUGCCUAGCCAAAUUUUUCUUGUAGUGAAAAGACAAGAAUCAUGGCCCCUAAUGUAAAAGUUAUGAAAUAUGUUUUCUUUAGCUGGAGAUAUAGUUCUGAUACUUUAUGUAUAGUGAGUUUGAGGUGUAAGGGUUCAGUGAUGGGCUUAAGACCAGACUACAGUACAGUAGUUUGUUUUAGUGCAGUGUAAGAUGUAAACUCACCACAGUAAGAAGAAAUUACCAUAGCUUAUGUCAGUGUUACAUAAUAGUAACACAAUAACUGGAAACAAAUACAGGUACAAUACUUAGAAAUUCUGAAAUUAUGUUUGUUUAUCACAUGAAUAAACAAUAUUUGUGUUCUGUGCAUAUAACAAGUAACAACUAAGAGUGGAAUGUUGAGCUUACCUGCUGUAGGUGAUAUAUAUUACAUAUGAAACUUGUAACUGUAUGACAGAAUCAUUAUGCUGAAAACUGUGUAAUAUACAAGUAGUUAGCUUAUUAACUCUCACUGAAUUUGCAUCAUAAGUUUAGUGUUACAGUUGUCAAGACAUCUGAAUUACUGUACUUCAUUAUUUCCUAAGGACUAACAAGUGUCAAAUCACAUUCUGGUAAUCAGAGUUUAAAAAAUCAAUAGGAAAUGUAACUGUACUGCUGCUGUCAUGCAAGUUGCUCGUGGUAGUCGACCAGAUGCAUUAACAAUCUUUUCUUCAAGCAAACGUCUGCUAACAAUUUUUACUGGUUCUCAUCAUGACAUGUACUGUGUAUACCAAGUGAAUGCCAUCAGCCAAGAGCCUUUUUCUACUAACAGCUUUACUCACUUUUAAGUAGAAGAUAAACGAAUAAUUUGGUACAAGAUGUAAAUCUCAUGUUGUUGGUAAAGUAAAAGCAAUUUGGGUUAUUUCUUCAUCAUAUGCCUAACUACCUGAUCUAGUUUAACUAUGACAAUCUUAUGCCAGUCAUGUUAAAAAUAUAAUUAAAAGUAUAUAUGAAGUAAGCUGCAGUAAAUGUCAAAUUAAAUUUCUGAUGUUAAGUAAUUUCAGAUUUAGCUUAGAGCAUAUUUCAUUAACAAAGGUAAUUUAAUUAAUUGUAAAAAGCAAAGCUGCUUUGCUUAAUCUGUUAACUGUAACUUAACUUCCUUAAAGACCUCAGACUCGCAUUGUCUUCAUUAUGACUCGUGGCAGAAUGUGCCUUUUGAUGAUUCUGGAGUAAACUAGUUUGUAGUGAAUCUCACUUUCCCAACAGAUUACAUUUAUUCUUCAGUACCCAUCUCAGGUCAAACUAUGGAUAAUAAUAUAGCCUGAGAGACUUCAUAAUUAUGAUGGCACUUCCUUUUAAUAUAAUAUUAUUUUUUGCUUUGGGAGAGACGGUGAAUAUUCAUAAUUAUGUUCCUCGGCAAAAAGACAAACUUUUAUCUGGCUAUUAAUCGAUGUGUGUAUAUAUUGUGGUCUCCUGCCUAACACUUAGAGGAGGACAACACAUGCUAAAAGCUUACUGAACUUACUGACUGUCUCUGUUUCUUCACCAAGAUCUAGCAUUGAUAGGUAAGAGCACUGUAAUAGGCUAGAGAAGACAGAAAUUAGUAAUCUUUAGGCACUGAGGAUGUUUACUUCUCCACAAUAUGUACUAUACUAUAAUUAUGGUCAAAUCGAAGAACCUUCCAUAGGAGAAAUAUAUACUAGGUUUCUGGGCAACUACUAUAGAAACCAGUACAUAUCGUUUUUGGUGUUAUUACUUAGCAGGGAUCACAAGUUCAGAAUCUAUACUGUAACGAGCAAUAUAAAACUAUACCAUACGGGUUGUUUUCCCCGAUUGCUACAGUUUUGCUUAUCACCAGACAGUUGAUAUAUUAUUUUCAAUAUGAAUGUUUCAUGAAAAUAUUCCUUAGAAAUUGUAUUGAUGUAGGAGCCAUAUUAUCACAAUACUCAUUGAUUUAGAUGAUGGAGUGAUAUAUUUAUUUAUCUGUUUUAUAUUAUUGCUCCUCUUCCAUUUUUGUGUGGUACUGAUCAAAGGAUAUUAACACCUCAGAGAAGGAGGUAAAGGAAGGGGGUAAAUAGUAUAUAACAAGUGUAGAAAGUAAAGUAAGAAGAAGGGCUAAGUAAGAAAUACCCUCACAGAGAUUUUACUUACAGGAAAGUAGGGUAAGCACAUAUUUUAGAACAUUAAUUGAGUUGAUUAUUUCUCAGUUAGAGGUUCAGAGUCAUCAGAGGCACGGUGUCAUUGGUAGGAGUGUAGGUUUAUGUACAUAAAAUAUUGUACAGCAGAUGUGUAAAUAAUCAUAACUCUUAAUCACUGUUCAUGUAAAGCCAAAAUUCUGAAAGAAUGUAAUAAUGUCACAGAACUGUAAGUACGGUAAAUUUUCUAAUUCAAUUUGCUUUUUGAAUUCUUUUACUCUGAAUUUUAUUUUUCUCCAUUUACAACAAUUAUUGGAUUUUGUUACAUUUUAAUGUCACAUAGCAAUUAAUGGUCAUGUGAAUACAGUACAGUACAAGUACCAGCUAUCUUAGCAGUCAAGUCUUUUGAUUUUUUCUUCUGUUUAGAUAUACAGUAUAGAAAACUAUUUUUGUGGUUGCCAAAUCAGUGUCAUGUAUAUAUUGUGUAGGAACAUCAGCUCUCUGAUCUGCUAAGUUUAAGAUGUCAUUUAAGUGUUUGUGAUGUGAAUUUUUAAAACUGAAAGAAGAAAUUUUUAAUUUUUUACCCAACAUCAUAGGAUAUAAUGUCCCAACCAUUACAGUGUAACUCUUUCACUUAAUGACCAUCAUAUAUUCUCUCUCAUCUCUCAUACAGUAUUGGACUAUAUAUGCAAGUCAGUGUAAUGCAAGUUUAUUUUUUUAACAGAAUCUCAGUGUUUAGCAAAUUUUUGUAUCAGAUUUUUUACAUUUAUUUGUAACAAAAGGUCACUUAUUCAUAUGUACAGUAUAUUGUGUUGAUUAUUAUUUUUUGUAUUAUUUCAUUGAUUAUGUUAAGAAAAAAUCAGAUGUUAAUAAAUUAAUUAGCUAUUUUGUUAUACUGUACUGUGGUGUUGUAACAGUACUGUAUAUUAUUCUGAUGAAGGGCAACACCAUUAUUUAAAAGGUUUUGUAAAUGACUCAUUAUUGUUGAAUGUUUAUUUCUUGUGACUGUUAAUGUAGACUUGUUACAUACAGGUGAUAAUUGACUUUGCUCUUACUUCAGUGCAUCAAAAGUAUUUUUUUUUUUAUAUUACUUUUGUACAGAAUACAUUCUGGUGUUUAUCAAAGAUACAAUUUUAUUUCUAGGGUGUGAGUCAUCAAGCUGAGUUCAGUAUCAGUUCUUGGGACUAUUCAGUGAUACAAUGAGGAAAUUUUUACACUUUAGUUAGUUACAAAAUAUUAUUUUACAAAAAGGUUCACUAUUAUUAAGAUUAAUUGAUUAACUCUGCCAUUGAGCAUUAUACAUAAAUAUUAUCAUUAAUGACUGUACAAUAUGGGUUAAGAGGACAAUACAGUAUAUCUUGAUAUAUUGUCAUGACAUAAUAUGACAUAAGUACAACACCUGGUGACAUUUUGAUGUCACAAUCAGGUGUUGUUAAUACUCCUAUGCAGUUGAUGCAUCUGAACUUCAAACAACCAAGGUAAUAAUCAUGAUAUCUGUUGAAUACAAUGGACUAAACCUUCAUUAUGCCUGAGACAGUGACACCUGGAGGACACAGAAAAUAGCAAAUACAGUACUCAGAUAACUGCUGGAUAACCACCAGUCAAGGUAUCAUAAUGUGCAAGUGACUCGAAUCUAUCAUCGUUCUGUCUCUCCUACUUUUGUAUUUGGUGGUUCAAGACACACACAGACACACCACCUCAAAGAAAGGAGAACAAUUGAGUUAAAUAGUGUAGGACAAGUACAGAAUGGAACAGGGAAGGGCUAACUAAGACAAUAAGUUGAGAUUGUCAUGUGGCCUUGUUCAUGUAAUUAAGCACAGUAUUCAUACCUGGUAUAUAAACUUGUCUUAGUGGUAUUGAGUACAGAAUUUGCCUUACAGUAUUAUGAAUCCUUCAGGUGAGGGUCUAUGGUACCUGUUUCUAACUUUGCAAAACAGAAAAAUAAUAGAAUAUUUCUUCUCAAUGGUAUACAUCAUCGUGGGUAGCUCCUUAUUUAAACACAAUUAAAAAAAAAAUACUGAAAAACAUCAUCUUUCCCUUUCAGCUUGGUGAUAUUAUUUUUCCCUAAAUAGAUCACUGAAAAUAAUGUAAACUGGCAGCAAGUUAAUUAUUUACAGUAUGGAGUUAAUAUAUAUGAAUAUCAUGGAUACCGGUAACUUAUUGUUGUUACUGUAUUUUCUUUUGUAAUCUUCAGUUCAACAGGACUUGAAAUCUAUACUGUAUCAAUACAACUCAUUUUGUAUCAUCGAGUCAAUCAAGGUUCGUUAAGAGUGGACGUUUCUGUGCUCACAAGUGUCACUGUGUCGGGGCUGAGGAUCAAACUUUACUCAUAUAUAUUGUCUGUGUUAUAUGGAAUUUUGGGGGAUAUAUUUAUUCUGGUACUGAAAAUUAAAGGGACAUUAUUAUCAUAUGUGACUGAGGUGGAGUGUAUUUAGAUUGAUCAUAUCAAAAAUACUACCAAUUUAUAUGCUUCCUCAAGAGGUGUAGCUCAAGAAAAAUUAUAUAUACCUUAUGAAAACUUUCAUCUAUUUCAGUAAAAAAAAAAUUGUGCCUUUUUGAUUGUAAGAAGUUUAUGGUUAUGCAUUGGAAUAAAUAUGCGGUCAGUUGCUGUAUUAUUAUAUUUAUUAGGUCAUUGGUAGACAAAAUUUUUUAAUAGAAAAGGGAAAUUUGAGACUCUUGAGAAAGCUAAGAAUAAUUUGUUCAUCGCUCAAUAGAUGCUAGUCGUCAGUUAUGUUUAUUCAUUCUUUUAAACCUUGUGCUUCUGUGAGAGACAGGGCAAAUAUUUUAACAAUAUGAAGACUUGUCUUUCUAUAAUGCUGGUGUGGCAUUAAAUUUAGAUUAAACAUAAAAAUUAUUAUUUUUACUUUAUAAAAUAUAGUACUACAGUAUUCUCUUAAAGAGAUGGUUCAAGUCCAUUGCACUACUCACACAGGGAGAGGUGUUUUGAGUGGCUUGUUUGGUCUGUGAGUUAUUUAUAUUAAAUUUAAUAAUCACUUUAAAGAAUUUAAUUUUUUUUAGCCAUUCAAAGAGCUAUUAAUUUGGUGUCAUAGACAUGAAAGGGGCUUAAUUACUUUCAUUCAGAAUAAGUUAGAUUCCACUUACCCACAUACAGUAUUUUCCAGGAUGUGUCAUUGUUCAUUUGUCAAAAUUUGUUUGCUUUCUAUUUAUAUGUACAUUGAGUAUACUGUGUAUAUAUAUAUAUAUAUAUAUACAUACACACAGUAUAGAGAAACUCAGAUUCUUCAAAAGUAUAAAUUCUGAAUUGUGAUUGACUGGUCAUAUAUAUGUGAUUAAAAGCUUUGUCAAUCAAGCAUGUAACAUAUAUGACAAUGAAUACUGUAGUGUGAAUUAAUGUUUUAGAUCAUAGAUUCAACAAGCAAAUUCAUUGUUAUAUUUUAAAAUGGUCUUAUACAUAUAUAUAGGAGAGGUUAACACCCUGCAUUACACACAUGUAUUGGCAAUAAUAACUCUGCCAAGUAAAAAGGUACAAUAAUUGCAGCACCUCAUGGACUGAAUAUUUAUUGAAAUUGAUUCAGUGAAUUUGUGUCUGACUCUAUAUAUUAUAUAUGUAUAUAUUUGUAUAUCGACCCAUGAAGAUGCAGUUAGAAAAUUGUUAUGCUGUUUUUGUCCAUAGUUGAUUGUGCAUGUGAUAGUACUUAAUCAAGUUUUUAAUUUAAUUGUUUUCUAAGGAAGUAUGUGAUGGAUGUAGAAGUCCAAGUUACUAUUGAGAGAGCUUCAGUGCCCGACAGAAUGGAAUGUUAGACAUAAUACUUAUUACACUGUGUCAUAAUUCAGCUGGAUUAUUUAGCAUACUUAAUAUUUUACUUGUGAUACAAGACAAUACUGUAAUUGCUCUUGACUUUUUCCGGAAGCCAUAAUUCUCUAUUGUAUAAAUGUUUAUACAGUAAUCCGUUUUGUCAAACAUUGAUGCUUUCUAAUUCUAGUGAUACAAACCAACCGGGAAAAAUCAUGGGAAUAUGCAUUGUUAACAUAUGGGGUUCCUGAGACUAUUUUUAUAAUGAAUUGAUGUAAUUACAGUACAGUAUUCAUGUAUAUCUGCAGCUUUAUCUUUUCCAUGAACUUAAACUUGGCUGUCUGCAGUUUAUCACAAUAGUUAAUGAGUGAAAUUAUUGCAUGUAAUCAUUGUUUGAGGAACUCAUUUUGGGUAUGAAUGAAAAUAUAGAAUUGAAGGAAAAUAUGCAUAAGGUAAGGGUCUGAGGUUGAGAAAUGAAAUUAGGGUAAGGGAAAAGAAGUAGCGUGGAAAGUGAAAUAUGAUGUAGAGCGAGUGACACAAUAAUCAGUAGCUCUGUUGGAUGAAUGAACCAUAGAGAAUGAAUGUACUUAAUCCAUGCCUAGGAUUACCUUCAUUUCACUCAUCAGCAAUUUCCAGAGUUUUUUGCUUGAGAAUAUACCACCACUUGCCUGGGUCCUCGGCACCUCAGAGCAUGUUGUCUGUUGCCAUGAGCCUUUGACUAUACCAUGAUUGAGAGAAGUAGAUGAUAUAGUACAGUGGUAGAUUAAGAAGGACAAAAAGGUGAGUAACUGAAUUUUUUACAUAUGGAAUUUGUAGAUUAUAAUCACUGUAUCCGGGAUAUUUCAUGAAAAUUUUAUUACAGUAUAUAGACUAGGUUUAAUUUUCAACACAAAACAUACUAUACAAAAGUAAAAGAUUAUCAAAAUUAAAAUUUUUUUCAUGAUUUGUCUUAGACUUCCAUAUGAUAUUGCAUUUGUCUGGUGAGUUUCAUACUGGGUCUUAUUUUGUCUGUGUGAUGUGAACACCUAGUUGACUUGGCUUGUGUGGAGCACAAUAAAUUCUCUCAGUUUUCUUAGUUAUUAUCUUCAAGAGUGUGCAGUAUCACCCUUGAUCAAGAUGUUUGGAAAGAGGCCAGAAAUUACAGGUGGCAGCAGUAGACCUAUAUAAGUCUGUAAAGCCAUCACCUUGAAUAUAAAACUGAAUAUGUUUCUGGUAGUUUAAUGCUGAUGAAAAAAUUGGCCAAUUGAAUUUCACCCCCUGACCUGCUCUACCACCUCACACACUACAGUUAACUUUGUUUCUGGGAGGUUGAAAAAGUCUGCAGACAAACUUAUUCAUGAACUCUAGGUGAUAGGUGCCCCAGGCUCACAGAGUUGCUGACUCUGUUGGGGCAAAGUAAUAUUUGUGGUUCAGGGUCAUGCAAUUUGCCUUCUCCUAGUUUUCUUCUGAGCUUGCUGCCCUUCCUUACCCCAGCUGCACUCUGAGAGAGAUAAGUAGAUGCCAGGGAAGAAAUACAUGUGUAGUUCCUUACCAUUUGUUUGUCAUACUUGCAGGAGAAUAGUGUGAUACCAUCUGGAUUUAUGUUGUUUGAACCAUAGAGUUGUGGUUUGUAUGUGGUGGGCAGCUGUGGUGGUCAGACUCCUUGUGAUGAUAUCAUUAAAACAUCAGAGAUUAUAAAAUACAGGUAUUGCUACCUCAUGAUUCCACCCACAUAUCCCAAGAUGGUCUGAUUGGUCAUUGAUGUAAAAAUUACUUUGAUCUCAUUUCAUUCAAUGGAUUGGCAGACUGCUUGUCACAAGUCAUGAGGUAGACUUGUGCUAAAUAAUCUGCUUCCUAUCUUUAUCCCACUUCAAGCUUUGGAAUUUAACUUGUGUUUAUUUGAAACAGGUUUAUGUAUCCUAAUACAGUACAGUACUGUAUUAUUUUACUUUAUGUGAAAUUUUUGUGCAAGCUUUUUUUAAAGAUUAUUAUGUGAGGUUGUAUAAUGACUGGAUGGUUCUGAUUAAUUCUGUUAUUUUACAAUGAUAAUUGUGAAUGUCACAAUAAACAGGGAACCUUAAUAUUGAAGUAUUCUGCAGAUAACUGAGUUGUGCAUGGGAAGAUAAAUCUGUAAUGAAUUUGAUGUAAUUUACAGAAAUCUUUAUGGUUGUUGAAAAGUGUGAAAUACAGCAGUUGUAUAUUC